AUGGUUGUUGACACUUUGAAAUCGUUUUCGUCCAAUGUUGGAUCUCACAUAAAAGAGGCUUACAAGACGACAGGGUCAGAGGUGACCCAUUUCUCCCACACUUUCAAGGAUAAAGUCACUUUUUACCACCGAGAUUACGAUCAAGAUGAUGAACUUGUGAAAAAUUACAAGCACGAUAUCAAACAAGCAAGACUGGGUCUUGGGUAUCUUAUAUCUCAAUUGAAUCAAGUUUAUAAACGAUUGAUACCUCAUAUGAUGUCAGUGAAUAUAAAAGUUGCACUUGACUUCCAGUCACUUAUUGGUCCAAACUCUUUGCAAUUCAAAGAUAUCGAAAAGUACUAUCAUGAGUUUGAUUUGUUUCAAGCCGAGCAAGAGGUGCCUCAUGUACAUCCAAAGGAAAGGCAGUUUACGAUAAAAGGAGUGAACGAACAAUUAUUUGAAUACUUGCAAUCAACUUUUGCUCUCAAGUACGACUUGGAAGGAGAGUGCGUCACGUUUUUAGAGUCCACAGUGCCGAAAAUUCAAACAAUGAGAAAGAGGUUGAAGGAAACUUUGAAAUUGAUCAAAAGGAGAGAUCGCAAACGUGAGGAUCUGGAUAGACUACUGAGAAAAAUUGAAAAAUUGAAUCAAAAGAAAGCACCAUUAGCAGAGAAAGAGGAGGCCAACUUGACAAAGCUUCAACGCGAGUUUGAAGAGGUGGAUAUCGAGUUCAAAGUGUUGAAUGACAAAACGACAACUAUUCUACCACAUAUAAUGUCAUUUUUGGAUGAGUUUCUUGAAUCUAUUACAGAUUUACUCAUCUUGAAACAAGAUAGUAUUUAUGCUAAAAUUGUAAAAAGCUUGGAGCACUUUGCCACAUUUUAUGGGUUUAUUUACGAAGAAGUGCCCAAUUAUGAAGCUAUUGUGAACCAAUGGGAACUGGAUAUAACUUCCACCAGGUUACAAAUUGAGUCAUUUAUCACAAUUUUGCAAAAUUCAAAGACAGAUUUAUUGAAUGUGGAAAUCGACGAUGAAGACAAGUCACUGAAGGCAUACAAGUUUUAUCACAAGUUGUCAAACAAGAUUUUCGACAAAAGUCACACAGUGCAACCCAGAGAUGUGAGUGCAGGUAUGUUCAAUGAUACCACUGAGGCCGAUCCUAUCUUUUCGUUUGCGAAAUACAACAACCCACAAGCCAAUCAAUCGGAAACGUACCAUCCUAGAAAAGUUUUAGGCUUCGAUGAUGUUGUCGUGGAAAAGACUGUUGGUUUCCGCCCUGAACUUCCUCCUCGACCAGCACUCGCUUCGUUCAAGUCUAUGCAACAGACCACCCCGGCUCCAUCUCGUGUUUACUAUUCACAAAGUGCUGCAAACUCAUUGGAAUCAUUGUCGUUGAAUAGUGACGAUGAAACCGUCAUAUCGGAUGCUUCCCUGGUAAGCUCUGUGCACACUCAUUCAUUAGCAGGCUACACUAGUGGUGAUAUUUCAGUAGACAAGGAGUUGCGCAAAAUCUAUAAUUCGGGCAAGAAUGACAUCAAACUUGCACCAACACUUUUGUCAGAUUUCAAUGUCAUGCCAGAUUUGGAAAAACCAGAACAUCAAUUAACAGAUGCUUAUAAACUCGCCUUGCUUGAUCAUUUUUACCACAAAUUAAAUAUGGUAAAGCGAACUACGAGAAUUGCCAAAUACGAUUUCACUGGUGUUGAAGUAGGCGAUUUGUCAUUCAAAAAGGGCGACACCAUUGAAAUUGUAUUUGACUUACAAAAUGUGGAUACGCUAUACCAGCAAAACAACUUAAAUUGGCUUGUUGGAGUAAUUCAACAACAGGAUAGCAAUGACUACAGAAUUGGAUUUGUACCUAAUAACUAUGUUUAA